ACUCCCCAGCGCCGCUCCCGGCGGCCGAAGCUCGGCUUUUUUUCCUCUGCCUGGUGAAUCCCCAGUUCCCGGAGAUCGAAGGAUGCAGUUUCGCCUCUUCUCCUUUGCUUUGAUCGUCCUCAACUGUAUGGAUUACAGUCACUGUCAAGGCGGCCGGUUGAGACGCGGCAAGAGAGCAAACUAUGGGCCGAAUCCAAUUUGCAAAGGUUGUUUGUUUUGCUCAAAAGAUAAUGGAUGCAUCAGAUGUCAACAUAAGUUGUUCUUCUUUCUACGAAGAGAAGAAAUGAGACAAUAUGGGGAAUGCUUGAAUUCCUGCCCAUUGGGGUACUAUGGUCUUCGUGCCCCAGACAUGAACAGAUGUUCAAGAUGCAGAAUAGAGAACUGUGAUUCUUGUUUUAGUCGAGAUUUUUGCACCAAAUGCAAACCUGGCUUUUAUCUCUACCGAGGCCGUUGCUUUGAAGAAUGCCCCGAUGGUUUUGUACAUUUAGAUGAAGCCAUGGAAUGUGUGGAAGGUUGUCAAGUGGGCCCCUGGAGCGAGUGGGCUGUUUGCAGCACAAAUAACAAGACCUGCGGAUUUAAGUGGGGUUUGGAAACGAGAACGAGGCAAAUUGUAAAAAAGCCCGCAAAAGACACAAUACCAUGUCCCACCAUUGCAGAGUCCAGAAGAUGCAAAAUGGCCUUGAGACACUGCCCAGGAGGAAAGAAGAAGAAAAAGGAUAAGAAGAAGAAAAAGAAAAAGAAUUUAAUGGAACAAGCGCAGAAGCAGCACAGUUUCUUACUAGCUACAGACCAAGCUAGUCAAUAGAGACAUUUGCCCAGGGCCUGUUGAUACACGUGGGUUGUUUUUUUUAAAAUAGUUUAUAUCUUGUUUUUGUUUGUUUUGCAAAACACACAGAAGCUGCUAUUAGCUCCUGCAUGAGGCAGCACUGCGAUUCAGCUGCUCUGACAGCCUUUGGACCUGGGGAAAGGGAGGAGAACGUCCACAAGCUUGUUUGUGUCUGUUAUUUAUACUUUUACAAUUUAAUGUGGUUCUUAUUGUUCUCAUUGUUCCCCAAACAUGGUCUCUCUCCAGGACUGAAGAAAAGCACUGAGUUCAAUCAGUGGAAGUAUGUCCAAAAAAAAAAAAACUUUGUUUGAGGGUUCCCUCUCCCCUUUUUUGGUUAAAUGUAGUGCCUACAAGGAGGAAGGAAUUUGACUUCAUGGCACAGGACUUUU